GUUUUUUUUCCUUUUCUGAUUUUUGGAAAACGCUUAUCGCUAUGUCGGAAACGGCGCCUGUUGCAGCUCCUGCUGUCUCCGCUCCUGGGGCAAAAACUUCCGCUAAAAAACCGAAGAAGACGCCAGCUACUUCUAAAGCCCGUAAGCCUCCAGGUCCCAGCGUGACCGAGCUGAUCACCAAGGCGGUGUCCGCUUCCAAGGAGCGCAAAGGGGUCUCGCUGGCAGCUGUUAAGAAGGCUCUGGCCGCCGGAGGGUACGAUGUAGAGAAAAGCAACAGCCGCAUCAAGCUGGGGCUCAAGAGCCUGGUGAGCAAGGGCACCUUGGUGCAGACUAAAGGCACCGGCGCAUCCGGCUCCUUCAAACUCAACAAGAAGCCUGGCGAGACCAAGGAGAAGGCGCCGAAGAAAAAGCCAGCGGCAAAGCCUAAGAAACCAGCUGCCAAGAAGCCCGCCAGCGCCGCCAAGAAACCCAAAAAAGCUGCGGCCGUGAAAAAGAGCCCGAAAAAAGCCAAGAAACCAGCAGCUGCCGCAGCUAAAAAAACGGCCAAGAGCCCGAAAAAGGUGAAAGCCGCUAAGCCCAAGAAGGCAGCUAAGAGCCCGGCUAAGGCCAAAGCGGUAAAGCCUAAGGCGGCCAAGCCCAAACCGACGAAGCCUAAAGCAACGAAGGCUAAGAAGGCAGCGCCCAAGAAGAAGUAAACGGGCUAGAAAAAAUGUCAUGCACAGAAAUCCAACGGCUCUUUUAAGAGCCACCCA